AGAUCGUGAAGGAGUCGCAGCAGCAGCACGGUUUACGACACGGAGACUUCCAGAGGUACAGGGGUUAUUGCUCCCGUAGGCUAAGGCGGCUCCGAAAAACUCUCAACUUCAAGAUGGGAAACAGGCACAAGUUCACCGGGAAGAAAGUAACCGAAGAGAUUCUCUCAGACAACAGGUAUUUGCUGUUGAUUCUGAUGGAUGCGGAGCGAGCCUGGAGUUACGCCAUGCAGCUGAAGCAGGAAGCAAACACAGAACCUCGCAAACGAUUUCACUUGCUGUCUCGCCUGCGCAAAGCUGUGAAACAUGCCGAGGAGCUGGAGCGACUGUGUGAAAGUAACAGAGUGGAUGCCAAAACAAAGCUGGAAGCUCAGGCAUACAUGGCUUACCUCACAGGAAUGCUUCGCUUUGAACACCAGGAGUGGAAGGCAGCAAUGGAGGCUUUCAACAAAUGCAAGACCAUAUAUGAAAAACUGGCCAAUGCUUUCACAGAAGAGCAAGCUGUACUGUACAACCAGCGUGUGGAAGAGAUCUCGCCCAACAUUCGCUACUGUGCCUAUAAUAUUGGUGACCAGUCUGCUAUAAAUGAGUUGAUGCAGAUGAGACUGAGGUCUGGUGGCACUGAAGGUCUUCUUGCAGAAAAACUGGAGGCACUGAUUACCCAAACUCGAGCAAAGCAGGCAGCCACAAUGAGCGAGGUGGAGUGGAGAGGAAGAACUGUUCCGGUGAAGAUAGACAAAGUGAGGAUCUUCUUGUUGGGGCUGGCCGACAACGAAGCAGCAAUUGUUCAGGCAGAAAAUGAGGAGACAAAGGAACGUUUGUUUGAAUCUUUACUCAGUGAGUGUAGAGAUGCCAUUCAGGCUGUUCGAGAAGAUUUGAAACCAGACCAGAAGCAACGGGAACACGCUCUGGAAAACGAUUCUGGGAAGGUGUCCAACAUCCAGUACUUACACAGUUAUUUGACUUACAUCAAGCUGUCAACAGCCAUCAAGCGCAAUGAAAGCAUGGCAAAGUCUCUGCAGAAGGCGCUGCUGCAGCAGCAGCGGUCAGAAGAGGAUGGCAAGCGCACACCACGGCCUCAGGACCUGAUCCGUCUUUACGAUAUCAUUUUGCAGAACCUCGUGGAACUGACACAGCUUCCUGGCCUAGAAGAGGACAAGAACUUCCAAAAAGAGAUUGGAUUGAAGACGCUUGUGUACAAAGCUUACAGGUGUUUCUUCAUUGCGCAGUCCUAUGUCCUGGUAAAGAAAUGGAGUGAAGCCCUUGUUUUAUAUGAAAGAGUGCUGAAAUAUGCCCGCGAAGUUCAGUCCGGAGCUGGAGCUUAUACGAACAGCUUGAAGGAGCUGCCUGAUGUUCAGGAGCUGAUCACUCAAGUCAACGCAGAGAAAUACUCCUUGCAAGCAGCAGCUAUAUUAGAUGCAAACGAGACUCAUGAGACUGAGUCGCCAUCUCAGGUCAAGGAUGGCAAGCCCCUCUCGGAACGGUUUGAGACUUUCUGCCUGGAUCCUUCUCUUGUCAGCAAGCAAGUCAGCCUCGUGCACUUCCCGCCGGGCUUCCAGCCCAUCCCAUGCAAACCCUUGUUCUUUGACCUGGCCCUUAAUCAUGUUGCUUUCCCACCUCUGGAGGACAAGGUGGAGCAGAAGGCCAAGAGUGGCCUCACCGGAUAUAUAAAGGGCAUAUUUGGAUUCAAAAGUUAACCAGGACCCCCUGAGGAACAGAGGUUUUAUUCUGUAUUGAAGGAAAAGCUCCAAGAGGUUCUAGGACACAAAUAUCUGCACCCGCAACCGACAGAGGGAGGCUUUACCAUCUUCUUCCCUGUGUUCUGUGUAAAUGUCUGUGCACUUACGUUCUCUCCCCGUGUAUUAAAGGCAAACAGUCUAUUCAGAAACAUGCAUACACUAUAAAUAGCUGAAAAGGAUCUGGAGCACAGAGAAAUUCCAUUCUGCUUGGAGAAGCUGGAGCUUGCUUUGCGACCAGCGGGCUGUUCAGGGCCCGUACGUGUCUCCCUACCGUGGCCCAGGGCACAGGCAUGACUUGGUUCCUCCCCCCCAUUAUUUGACACUAUGGUUUGGUAUUUUGGUCUAGAAAUCUGGGUGCGAUGGGGAAACAGGCAAAAGCAGAUGCAGAACUGAACCAGCAAGUGAGGCUGCCUACACGAAGGCUAUGACACAGUAGCCAAGGGGGCUAACGUCUCCUCCCUUUCGACUCGCAGGCCUCACCGAGAAGCAUAUGUAGUUAUGUACAGAGAAGUCUCUGUAUUUUUUUAAAAAUGUGACAUUCAGAAAUGACAAAAUAGAGCCUCUUUCUU